AUGAAUGCCCCAACGGUACCGGUUGAUCCUCACUUUUACGAUGAUGAGAUUGACCGCAUGAUUAAAGCAUUACACCGCAAACAGAAACAACAAACUGUACAAUCUAUGCGAAAGCGAAAUAAUAAUAAUAAUCCUAAUAAUAAUAAUAAUAAUAAUAACAGUAACAUGGGAUUAGAGGGAAAUAAAUCUUGUAAACGUUAUUCUCCAGUCAGACUCUUUACAUCCAGUUUAGAGCGGAAGAAGGGGCAGGAAGAGAAGCACAAACUACUCGAGAAGCCUCUCAUCAUGAAUUCUCCAUCUAUACAAGAGAAAUCACAAGAAGAAGAAGAAAAAGAAACGAACCUUAUCAUAAAAAGAGAAGAUACGCUUACACACUCCCAACGACAAUCUGUAGAUCUAUUUAAUCAUUUAAAUAGGGAGAAUGAAACUACUAUACAUUCUCUACAACGUGAGUUACGACAGGCACGAUAUGAAAAUAUUCAUAUGCGAGAAGAAAUGUGCCAAACACUUGAUAUCAUUAGAAAAUGUCUGGAUCGUCUUCUUAUUGGCAAUCAUCAUUUAAACCAACAUAACCCUAUUAUAAAAGAAGAAGAAGAAGAACAAUAUAAAGAAGAUAAAGAAGAUAUAUAUGGAAGUGUGAGUGUUGAUUUACCGACGAUAAGUGUUCGGGAAUUAACUCAAAUAAAUGAUAUAUUUCUCUCUAGUGAAGAAACAGAAGUGGCGCAAUGUUUAAAAGAUCUUAUUAUCUCAUGUGAGAAACGUUAUAGUGAUAUGCGGCAGAGGUAUGAUGUGAAUACUGCCCCACCCCUCUGA